AUGGCUGCCUUGCAUACUAGCCCGGAGCAACACUUUUUCUCUCCCGGCAGCCUGUCGAAUCAAAGUGGUCCGUCUCCCGACGAGUAUGCGCACAACCCCCGCUUCCAAGAGCUCCAGACCACUCUCAGGUCCUAUUUGAUUGAUGAGGCUCGAGGUGCCGGUGACACACAUCAACGCACCUUGGAGAGGCAUGAUGAUAUACCUACUUGUGCACCAGGAACACAGUCGCUGGCGCAGCAUCUGCAUGAUCCCCAGGACCAAGUUCUCGUGCUCAAGAAAGUCAAGUACAUGAACAUCUGGAUAUCUGAGUGCGCGCCAUGGCUCGACAUGUUUGACCAGGAAAGGCAUUUUGGGAUCCAAAUCCCUAUAAUCGCGCAGCGGUCUCCGGCCGUGCUCUAUGCUUUACUUGCCCUUGCGGCGCGGCAAACCGAGAGAUCUGGCGGAUCAACAGUCUCGUCGCAGGACAGUCUGGAUCUCUACUCCAGGGCAAUUUCCUCCUUGGCUCCUUCAAUCAAUGCCCGAGAUCCUCAGGUUUUGAUUACAGCUUGCAUUCUCUGUGUCCUCGAGAUGAUGAGUGUAAGUCCCAGAGACUGGCGACGGCACUUGGAAGGCUGCGCGGCUCUUCUCGAGACCGCGGGUGUCAACGGUCUCUCGGGUGGUCUUCUACAGGCAGUGUUCUGGUGCUAUGCUCGAAUGGACCUCUGCGCCGCUAUCAUCGCGGACGGUGCCGAAAGCACGACGCUGCCGGUCGACAAGUGGGCACUCCUCGACCCGGACAUGGACACAUCCCCUGGGGUACUGGAUCAACAACAGCUGAUCAGUAAAGCGUUCCUGGAAAGGGGCGCGACCGUCCCCGACAUGCAUGCCAACUACGCUGUCUACCUCUGCGCCCGUGUUUGUGACCUCCUUUCACGCCGCACUAGACACGUGGAGCUUGGCGAAGACAAUGGCUGCACCGACAGUGUCUUCCGACUGCAAUGGAAGAAUCGAUGGGACGAGCUUCGACAAUGGUUUGAACGACGUCCGCCACAGAUGCAAUCGAUCCAAGAAAUCGAUGCCUCGCAUGCCGAGGAUCUCUUCCCCACCAUCCUGUUUGCCUACUGGGCUGCCAUCUCAGGCAACCAGCUCUACCACACUGCAUGCAUCCUCAUGAUGGAGAUGAUGCCUCCGCAGAUCGACGCUGCCGCCGACGCUGCUGAUCUCUACUACAAGCCACUGUGGCACGCCCGCCGCAUCGUUGGUAUCUCGCUGACGAACCCUCACCGAGGCUGUCUCAACAAUGCCAUCCAGCCGCUGUACGUGGCGGGAAAGCUGUUCACGCAUCGGGACGAGCAUAAAAUCAUCGUUGAUCUUCUCAACCAUAUCGAAGCACGCUCGGGUUGGGGUUCGCGAUGGCGCAUCAAGGAUCUGGAGGCUUUCUGGGGCUAUCGCUCUGGCCGACGGGCUGGCAAUGUCGAGAGAUGA